AUGUCGAGUGGGAGGGAUUUUGGAUCUGUGGACGCUUGUGCGACGGGGAGGCGUCACCUUGUCUGUUUGUGAAAGAAACGAUGCGUGAGACUCAAGUUCAGCGCGAACUGCGGUACUGCCAUUGCCAGCAUGGAAAUUCCUCUGGUGAAUGGCGAUGACGAAUUAUUGCCAUCUGAAGAUGAGAGUGAUUGUGAGUUAGAUUUAACCGGCGUCAACUGCGUGGGAGACCUUGCCGCCGUCUCAACUGCGUACGACAGAGGGAGACUCAUUAUUUGGUACAUAGUGAUUACAAACUUUAAAAGCUUCGCUGGGACGCGCACACUUGGGCCGUUUCAUGAGAAAGUUAAUGCUGUAGUGGGGCCCAAUGGAAGUGGAAAAAGUAAUGUUAUCGACGCAAUUCUGUUUGUAUUCGGACUGAAAGGCUAUAAGCUUCGUGCGAAGAAUGCGGCAUCUGUAAUCCACUGUUCUGAAAAAUUCCCCAAUCUGGACAGUUGUACAGUGGAGCUCCAUUUCAGACAAAUUAUUGAACAGAAUGAAGAACGCUUUGAAGUUGUUCCUGAUUCAAAAGUAACAAUUUCAAGAACUGUGAACAAGGACAAUGUAUCAUUCUAUAAGAUGAAUGGUAGUGUUGCCAAAUUUGACACAAUUAAAAUGUUUUUGAAAAGUCAUGGCGUUGACAUAGUUAGUGGUCGUUACUUAAUUUUACAGGGAGAAGUGGAGCAAAUUUCACUGAUGAAACCAAAGGCAGCAAAUGAGAGAGAGAUUGGCUUCUUAGAAUAUUUGGAAGAUAUCUUUGGAUCCUUAAAGUACAAGUAUCGAUGCCAGAUCAUCUCUGAGAAGCUAGAAAAAAUUAAAUCUAUUGUAGAAGAAAAACAAAAUGCAAGAAAUAUAGCAAAAGAUGAAAUGGAAAAUUUGAGGGAAGAAAGAGAAAGAACUGUUCUCCAUCUUCAAGCAAAGAAUGAAAUAGCUCGUUUAACACACAUUUUGCACCAAAAAUAUGAGUACCUUGCCAAACAACAGUUCGAAAAUGUUCAGAAUGAAAUUUGUCAACUUCAGGCAGAUUUAGAAAGCCAUACAAAAAGGCACGAAGAGCUGCAAAACAAAAAAAAUGAAAUCGCAAAUGUAGUCAGUGAUUUGCAAAGGAAUAAAGAUGAACUAUUGUCCAAGAAAGAAACUGUAAAAGAAUCACUAAAUGCUGCAGCAGUUCAGACAGAAAAAGUGCGGCAGGAAAUAAAGUCAGCAAACAAAAUGCGAGACAGAGGCGAGAAACGGCUUGCUAAUGAAGAAAGAAAGUUGGAGCAAGCUGCUCUGUUUCCAGGACAGUGUGAGAAAGAGAUAGAAAACCUCAUGAAACUUAAAGAAGAAACUAGGCAGGAACAACAGUUAAAGGAAGAGAAAUUUAAUGACAUGGUGAGAGAACAACAACCUUAUGUUACAGAUCUGAUGGAGAGACACAAAAAAUUGCUGAGUGAAUUAAUUCCAUUGAAGGAUGCAGUUUUAGAAAAGAAGAUAAAUAUGGAUACAGCUCAGUCAAAUCUUGAUUCAUAUGUAAAAGAAAUUCAGCAGGAUAAUGCAAAACGAGAGCAACUGGAGAAAGAAGUUAAAGAAAAUGAAUCUCAACUCAAAAAUCAAAGAAGUGUUCUGGAAGAGCUGAAUAGACAGAUCCUCUCUGUUGAAACUGAUCUACAACAAAAGCAUGAAGAGCAUAGAUGCCUUAAACAAAAUCAUACUGCUCAUCAGUCUGAAGUGCAGAGAAUUAAAAAAGUAUUAGAAGAAACAAAAAGCUCUUUCCAUGCUGUUGAGUCAAUGAGAGGCCCCAUUGCUCAUCUUCUUAAAGCAAAACGAGAAGGAAUACUUCCAGAGGGUGUUUAUGGUAGAUUGGGAGAUUUGGGUGGCCUGGAUAAGAAAUAUCAUGUUGCAGUUUCUGAAGCCUGUGGUAGAUUAGACAAUAUUGUUGUGGAUACUGUAUAUACAGCUCAGCUAUGUAUGGAGUUAAUGAAGAGGGAGAGAAUUGGUAGGGGAACAUUUAUACCUUUGGAUAAGCAUCAGCAUCUGAUAUACAGAUUUACUCAACCCUUCCAAACUCCAGAAGGAGUGCCACGAUUAUUUGACCUCAUUCGUGUAGAGGAUGAACGUAUACUCCCAGCAUUUUACUUUGCUUUGGGAGACACUUUGUUGGCACAUGACUUGUUUCAAGCUAAUAGAAUUGCUUUCUAUGGAGGCCUGCGCUACAGAGUUGUUACUUUGCAAGGAAAUCUUGUUGAAAAGUCAGGCACAAUGACAGGUGGAAAAAGGACAAAUAGACCUGUUGGUAUGGGAGAAACUGCAACUGCUACCACACACACUGUAACGUGGAAUGAAAUUUCAAGAAUAGAAGAAGAAUAUGUUCAUGUGGAAAACCAAUUCUCUAAUCUUUGUUCAUCUUUGGAAGACUUGGAGAAUACCAUUACCUCCAAAGAAAGGUGGUUACAGUCGGCAAAGUUAGACAUCUGCAAGCUAAAUGAAGACAUACAACACAAAGUGGAAAUGCAGUCAGUGCUACUCAGACAACUGGAAACAGAACAAGGGAGAAGUCAGACAUUGCCUGAUCCACAACUACAAGCUACUCUUGUAUUGGAGUUGGACAACUCAAGAAAAGAACAUGAAACAGCUCUGAAGAAAUUUAAUGACAUUGAUGUGCAUUGUAAGCAAGUAAAGAGACAACUUCAUGAAAUUAAGACUGUAAGCUACAACAGAGCCCAAGAAGAAAUCCGUGAGGUUAAAGCUAGAUAUAAUGAUAUAGAUAAAAAAAUACGUAAAUUAACAUUUGCAAUCCAGUCAUCAGGAAGGAAAAAAGAAGGUGUCAUGCGAGAAAUAAAUGAAUUGAAAAGUACUAUCAAUGGAAUUGAAGUAAAAGUAAAAGGACUUCACGAGUCAAAGAAAAACUGGAAACAAUUACACUCACAAUAUGUGAACGAACAGGAGGAAUUGGAGGCAGCACUACAGAACAUUGAAAAGGAAGAAUCUGUACAUAGCCAUAACCUAAAACUCCUCACUGAUGAAGAGGGAGAUCUGAAUUUUAAGAUUUUAGACAUAACCAGUAAACUUAAUGAGAAGAAGACGACCUCAGAGAUGCACAGAAAUACGAUAAAUUUUUUGAGUAAAAAGCUAAAGUCAUUAAAGCCACAAGUUAUCCCUGGUAUAGAGGUCAAAGAGGAAUUUAGCCUUCUUAUGUCAGAUGAAUUACAGUACAUAAACCAGGCAAAACUGGAAAAUGACAUUGCAGUGUUAAAAAGCAGAAUUGGUUCUGAACUUGUAAAUGUAGCCGUGAUUGAAGAGUUCAUCCAGAAGGAAAAAAAAUUUCACCAACUAGAUUCAGAAUAUAAAGAAAUCAUUGCUAAGAGGGAUGAACUACAACAGUGCUUUGAGUUACGCUGGAAGAAACGUUUUGUACGAUUUAUGAAUGGUUUCCGGUUUCUUUGUGUGAAACUGAAAGAGAUCUAUCAGCUUAUCUCCCUAGGAGGAGAAGCAGAAUUUGAGUUGGUCGAUUCAAGGGACCCAUUUACUGAAGGAAUUGGAUACAGUGUACGCCCUCCUCAGAAAUCAUGGAAAAACAUUUCAACACUUUCUGGUGGAGAGAAAACAGUUUCAUCAUUAGCAUUAGUUUUUGCAUUGCAUAGCUACAGGCCAUCACCUUUCUACAUCCUGGAUGAGGUUGAUGCAGCCUUAGACUCAAGAAACACAGCACUUGUGGGGCUUUACAUUAAGACAAGAGUGAAGAACUCUCAGUUCAUCAUCAUCUCCUUGCGUUCAGGCAUGUUUGAGCUUGCUCACAGGGUUGUGGGUGUCUUCAAACAACACCAGGUGUCUAACUCCAUAACUAUCAAUCCAUGUGUAUAUGUACAAAAUAGUGAAGAUUCUGUUGACCUGAACUGAAUGACUGACUUGUAACGUAAAAUUUGUCUGUGAUAUUCUGUCUGAUUCUUGAAUAAUUCCUUUUAUGUUUUAAUUGUAUCUAUAUUAAAAACUUAUGCCCCCCUAUUUGUAUUUAUAUACUUCAUAUUUUUUUCUUUGACACAGUAACAAAAAAUGUUUUAUAGGCCUAUUGUUAACCGACUUGAACCACCAUUGGCUAUCAUCAGAAUGAUUGGAAGGUGCAUCAGACAAUCACCAAGUAAUGCUUUGUCAAACAGUAAUGAAUUACGCAUUACCUGCUGAUCAUCAGAUGUUCCUUUCAGUCAUUCUGUUGACAGCCAAUGGUGGCCAAUACUUUUUAAUGAUAUGAAGCAUUUUCUGUGAUUGUAUCAAAGAUAAAAUAUUAAUUGUAUGGUUAAAUAGUUAGUCACUAUCUGUACAACAAAAUGUCAUUUUUUGUAAAGUAUUUGUAUUUAUUAGCACAAUGUAAGUUCUAUUAGACUGCAGUUAAUUUUUACAUUUUAAUAAUGUCAUAUCUGUAUCAUUCAUGUUGGAGUUUACCUAGUUAGCAGUUUUUCUUUGGUUAAACAUUGUAUUCUGAGCUGGGAUUGUUUCAUUUCUAUUAUGAUCCAUUAUACCUGGCUUAUUUAAAUUCUCCAAUACUGAAUUCAUUGGUCUACAUGUAAUUUUUACCUUUGGUUAAGUGUCAUAGAGACUACUGAGAAGUUAAAGUACUGUUUAUCAGUAAAAACCACUCUUGGGAGCUGUAGUAAAAUUGAAGAUAAUAUACUGACUAAGUGUUGACCAACUUAAAGUUUUCUGUCCAACAGUAGUUCAGUGAUUAUAUUACUACUGCAAAACAAUCAGUUAUAUUUAUUAUAGGUAUUUUCUGGUUAUUCUUGAGUUCAGUGCAGUACUUAUCUGUGGUUCUGCAUGAUCCAGCAGUUGGAAAACAUGUUUUGCACUUUGUGUCCCAACCAAACCUUAUAACAGAUCUGUAACUCUGCACCUGGUAACACACAUUGCUUCUCAAUUUUAUCUUCAUUUCUGAUUCACUUUCUUCCUUGAUGUCCCUGGAACAAACACAUAGUGACCACUGGAUUGUUAAAUUUCUGUGGUUUUACUUUGCAGAGCCACAGUUGUAACAAUCAAAAUACACAAAUGUGAAAAGCUGAGUUCAAGUCUCUGUCUACUGUUAUUCUGUACUCUGCAUAAUGAUGUCUAAUAGUAUGUAAUACAAAACACUAAUGGUAGCUUUUAUGUUGUGUGUGUUUCUCAUCAUUAUUUCAUUACGUAUUUCAGCACUCUUUCAUACCUAUAUCCUUUCUGCUGUUUUCCAUGCUCUGUAUUUAUAACUUUAUAUCUCCUUUCACUUGAGAUGGUAUAACAACACACUGCUGAAAUCUUGCUCAGUGUUCAGGAGGAACUGGAUUAAAAUAUUUUUCUUGACUAUGUUUGAGGUCUAUUAUUUCUGUAAAGCCCUUAAGUUGUACCAUAAGAAAGUUCCUCAAGUUCUUACUCCCUAUCCUCAACAUUCUUAAAACCAGUGUAAUUAUCCAUUUGUUGAAGAAAAUUGUACGACAGUACAGAUGAGGCGUGAGGUAAGACGAUGUAAGAAGUUAUUACUGUAUUUACCUGAGUAUAAGAUGAUCCCCAUUUUUUUCCAAGAGAUUUCUUGAAAAAAUUGUUUUUAACAUGUCCUGAUUAAUCAAAAUUAUACACACACCUGUGCAGCUACAUUGUGCUGGCUGAGCACACAAUGCUCGGAUUACAGUUUAGCAGAUGGACUGAGGUGAGGAAUUGUGUCAGGUGGGUUUGGUAGAGGGAGAAAGAGGCAGCACUCAGGAGAAGGGAUUGAGGAGGGGUAGCUGGCACCUUGUAGGGAAACAGCAGGUGUGCAGGAUAGGAAUGCAGGAAGGUGAAGCUGAUGCAUAAGAUAGGAAUGUGGGAGGGAGAGGCAGCUGAUACUUUAAGAUAGGAAUGCAACUCCCAGGUACUGGGGCUGGUGGGUUUGUCGACAUGAAGGUGUGGAUUGGGAGGUGUGGCAGGACAGAGGAUAGGGAGACUGUUUGACAGUGGAUGUGGGUGCAGCGGGUUAGUAAAAAUUAAGGUCAGGAGGAUUAAGUGGAGACUGCAGGCAGAAGCUGACACACUGCACCCAAAUCCUCUAACUAACAGUCUCUCCUUCCUAUGACCUGUCACCCGCUCUCAAUCGACAUUUCAUGUCAUCGUUAUUGUGUGUCAUUCACACUCACCGGCUGCGGUGCCCUUGUGUCGCAUUCCUGUCACAUGCACCUGCUGCCUUCCCUCCCACAUUCCUAUCCCACAUUCCUGCUGCCUCCCUUCCAAGCUGCCCGCUACCCCUCCAAAAUCCUUCCUCCUUCUUCCUGCCUCUUUCUCACACUACCUCACUCGACACAACACCUCACUCCACCCUACCUAGUGAACUGCAAUCGCAGCAUUGUGUGUUGAGCCAGCACAAGGAAGCAGGGCAGAGGUGUGUGGCGGAGGGGGGGGGGGGGGGCACAUGUGCAUGCACACUGCAUAUGUGUGUGUUUUCACUAGCUGGUUAAAGAAUUUUUCUAAAAGUUACCAAGUUUUCAUUCAUUCUGUAUGCCUGCUGAUGCCUCAAUGCUUAUACUAUUCGGUGAAUAGUCUCCUUUAGUUGUAAGUUAGUUACAUUCUACCAGAACUUUCCUUACCAUGUGUACUUAGUCCCAUUUCUCAUACUGCUGUGAUUCUGUUAUUGUGUAAAUUAUCUGCCUUAAUAAUUCUCCGUAAAGAAUGUUAUGGAACAUCACUGGCAAAUGUACCCACUAAAUGAUAUACUUGACAGACAUAUAAAAUGCACUAUUUCUUUGACACUUUUUGUAGAGGUGGCAAGGAGGGCAGAGGUGUUGAAGUUAAGAGAGAGAGAGCACCACCUCACACUCUCAUAAAGCAGCUAGCAACAUAAGUGAAGUAUGACCUGCCGUUUUUGGCUUGCAUUGUGCCCAGGUAUUAAAUGAUUCGUGUUAUCAUAGUUUUAUUGCUGUUAUAAACAGAAGGGUAUAAUGGUUUAUAUUUCUUCACAAUACAAGAUAUUGGAAACAUCCUUAAAAUAUGGAACAAAUAUUGUCUGUUCUUGUAAUUAUAUCAGAUUUAUAGUAUCCCCUCUGCUCUUCCCAAAUAUUUCUUUGCACUCAUUGUGGCUAGCUCCUUUUUUUCCCCCCUGUUCAUAAUUCUGGCUUUCUCUACACAAAAUUAUUGUUCUAUAUUGUUUGUCAAUUGUUCAGUAACUAAAUACUCACUUUCUUUUUUAAGGUUUCUCUUCGGUAAUUGAGUAUCUCUCUACAAUACCAUUCACAUUUACUUCAUGAUGCUGCAGUUACACGUACUUCCCUAGAUUAACUGCAUAUGCAUUUACAUCUUCUACGUCAUAUUUCAUUCUUCAGCAUUUUCUGUUCUUCAAUUUUCAGUUUCUACCUUUUAAUGACAUUGUUAGCAAAUCAUAAUUUUCCUAUUUAGUGUGUCUUGUCUAACUGUUCAGGUAAAGUUUUUAAGAUUUAUGUUUUUUUUAUUUAAUCUUUUAAUUGUAUGAUUGUUUGUUUUUUAAAAAAAAAGAAAAGAAAUUUAUAUGAUUUUUUACUUGAAAGCUUGGAAAAGCAGUUGCCGUUUGCAAAAAAAAAAAAAAUGAGUUUGUAAUAGAAAUAAUUGUAGUUAUAACAGUUACUACUAAUGUUUCUGUAAGCCCACAUGGAUGUAUCAUUUUUUCCUCACUGCCAUUCCUCUAGUCUCUUCGUUCCAAAACAGAAACAAGUGCACAAUAUCCCUUGUUACUGUGUGCAAAAAGAGUCUGUAACUCUCAGAUUUAUAUGUAAUCAGAAAUUUAUUUUUAAGUGUAUAUUUUUGUAUGUCCUGCACAAAUGAUUUUUAAAUAUACUUGAAGAGUUAUUGAAAUUUCAUGAUGCAGAGUAAAAGUAUAAAAUCCUUGUUGGAUGUGUGAACCAUUAGCAUUGUAUAAUGAAGUAGAAGACAUUUUUCUGUCUGAUAAGCAUCUUAAUUUAAAGCAGCCUGUGUUAAGAAAGUAAAUGUGACUAAUUCUAUUUUUCUCUGUACCGUAGGUCAAAUACCCUUACAUUCUGCGGUUCUAUUUUAUUCUGCAGUUUAUGUGCAUAUUUUAAUUUAAGAGCAGAUCAGCCAUAUUAAUGUACACAAAGCAUCUGUGACCUAAAUAGAACUGGAAUAAAUGUAACAUCUGAGUCCAAGUGUUAAAUUUGAAAGUACAAUAACAUUUUUAAAUAUAACUGUGGAUAAUGAUUAAUGUUAUAAUGUGAUUAGCAAUCAAUCUUGCAUUUUUGUUUUGUUAUUACUCAUUGCCUUCAUUUUUCAAAGCAAAAAUAUUGAAAAUGUAUGCCAUUUUCUCACUUUUUUCUUUGCAAUAGUCAUUUACACAUGUAACAGAACAAAUCAGAAUGAUGAAUAAUAGUCUUGUUUGUUGCUGUAAUUUCUUUUGGAUAACAUUCAGUUUA